GUAAAGCAAUUGACAAUACUUAGAUAAACUAUCAAUGUUCAAUAAAUAGCUAAGUGGUGGUUAGACGCUUUAUAGAGGAACCAAUGUUAGCGGGCGUCUAAACCAAUUCUUUGAACGUCGUCUACAUCGAUUUUGUGCAAAGUUGGUUUGAAAAAAUUGUUUUGUUCAGACCCGAUUUACCGACUAAACAGACGCACAUAUAUUUAGAAAGGUGUAUAAUCUUUAUCUGCACGUUUAUUUCCCUGAAAAACCUUGUCUGGAUCUAUUUUAUUGUAUACUAAGCUAGCUUGGGAAGUUUACAUCCACCUCCAGUCCCUACGACUUGAGCAGUUCAACAAUCUAUUUCUUUGAAAUGUUUUUUAGGUGUAAAUAUAUAUUAGGUCUUAUACGUAGAUUUAUAAAUAAAUUCUUUAACAAUAUAUAUGUCUAUAUACCAUUAAAAACAUAAAGUCUAUAUAUAUGAUAGACUUUGAUUUCUUCAUUUUUAUUGUCCAUCAAUGGCAAUAACUUACAAAUCAAUAGCUCUCUCUAUAAUCACUCAACUAUGCCUCGUUUCUUGCGUGUCAAGCCAACAACAAGAAACAGAGUUUCUUCACCACGGUUUUUUCGAAGCCAACAUACUCAAGUACGGAUCCUCCAAGGCCAAGCUUUCCAUGGCUUCUCCAUACCUUUCAACAACCCUAACAACUCAUCAAACUCGUUUUCUUUCUCCACAAGUUUCGUUUUCUCAAUCAACGCGCCAGGUCAUGGCCUAACCUUUAUGAUCUCUCCCUCCAUGGAUUUCACCAGAGCCAUGCCGAGUGAGUUCCUCGGUCUCUUCAACACUUCAAACAACGGAAACUCAACAAACCGAAUCCUCGCAGUGGAGUUCGACACUGUGAAGUCAAACGAGUUUCUUGACGUCGACGGUAACUACGUGGGGAUCGACGUCAACGGUUUGGUCUCAGUUGAAUCUGCACCGGCUGCGUUUUUCUCUAACCGUCAGAACAAGAAUAUAAGCUUGAAGCUUUCGAGCGAAGAUCCUAUUCGGGAUUGGAUCGAGUACAGUGGAGAGGAUAUGCUUCUCAACGUCACACUGGCUCCUCUGGACAUUUCUAAACCUAAGUUUCCUCUUUUGUCAAGAAAGAUGAAUCUGUCUAAUAUUUGAUUGAACAAAGAGGCAAAUGCAUUGGUUCAUACACCUCAUCAAACUAGGGUAGAAUCUUUACGUUUCAACUCCAUGAGGCAUUUUGUUUUGUCAUCAAGCUUGCAAUAACAUUAUAGAGAUGCUAACUAUUACAUUGUUCCUGCUCCACACGGUAAGAGAAGCCAAACAAAAGUGCUGGAGAAUGUUUUAAAUAGCAACAAGCCACAACCAAAGUACUUUCCCAUAGAUGUUUGUCUAAAAUCAUCAGAUAAAAAUAAAGACACUGGACAAUGAAGGAACUGACUUUCUCUAAAAGCAUUGCUAUUGUCA